AUGAAACUCUUCGGAUUUUCCUUCCCAGUCAAGCAGGUUCCAACAUCAUCUUCAUCAAGGGGAUAUACCGGGUUCCUCUACGGCAGCAUCGCACUAAUGCCUGUCAUAGUAGCUUCUGCCGCCAUAGUGGCCACGGCCUUCGCCACACUUUUUAACAACAACGUAGCUGCCCUACCAACUGAAGUCGGUGUCACAAAUGAUGCUACUUCUUUGACUCUAUUGUUUCAGAAUAACUUAAAUGUUACUGAUGACGUCAAUCAUGUUGGUGCUAUCUUAUUAGAUGAGCUGCCAUACGCUAAGGCCGGACUCGCCUGUGCUGCUGUCGGAGAAUCCCUGAUCACCUGGGAGACUCUCGAGGCCCAUCGAUAUGAUUUUGAGAGACAAUUGGCAUAUCAAUCGUUCAUUGGAAACGCCAAGCCAGUUCAACGGUACUACAUUUCCAAUGGUGUUAUCUCAGCUACACAGGAAGCCGGAUCCCUACAGAUCGCUGCACAACCGGGCCGAGAUAUCGCUCUACCGGUUCUUUGCACUCAGUCUUCGAAUAGCAAUAGUGUAUAUGCGCCUGCUACAAGCUCUAAUAAGGUGAUUGUCAAAUCCGGAUCCAACACUUUCAUCGGCCAUCGAAAUCAAAAGAGUUUUAGAUUUUUGGGAAUCCCAUAUGUUGCGUUCCCCGGGAGGUUUCAGUACUCGAAGUAUCCAUCAGCGCCAAGCGGUCUUGUAGAUGCAACUCAAUAUCGCAAGCAAUGCUCUCAGCCGUGGCAAGCGGAGGGAACAACAGCUGAAGAUUGUUUGUUCAUCAAUAUUCAAACACCUUAUAUCCCGAAAUCAGGAUCAACCAAGCGACUCCGCCCUGUUCAUUUCUGGAUCCACGGCGGUGGUUAUACCGGUGGCACUGGAAACGAUCCAGGUAGCGAUGGUGGCAACUUAGCUUCCCGCGAGGAUAUUGUCACUGUCAAUAUGAACUAUCGUCUAUCAACAUUGGGAUUCCUAGCGAUUCCCGGAACGGAUAUCAAAGGAAAUUUUGCAGUCAGUGAUAUGAUUGCGGCUUUGAAAUGGACUGUGGAUAAUAUUGCUGCUUUUGGAGGUGACCCGACCAGAAUUGUUAUCAACGGAGAAUCGGCAGGUGGAUGUUCGACAAGAGUGCUUCUUGGAUCCCGUCCCGCUAUCGAAUAUUUCCAGGGCGCUAUUUCCAUGUCUAACUUGGGAUUUGGAUAUGCUUUGGGAAUCGGAUAUAGCUAUGCUGGCACUUACAGCGAUUAUCCUACCAUCCAAGGAUCUUAUGAUAUGGCUGGUCAACAGAUCUUCACCGCUCUUGGAUGUACCCAGACUGCUUUGGAAGAUCAAAUUGCUUGUCUUAAGACGAAGGACCCCCUUUCUGUCGUAACUGCAAGCACAGUUGCGAGGUACAUCGUACAGGAUGGUUACUAUGUCGAUACUCCCAUCUUAGAUGUAGCAGGCAAGCAUGGUGGUGCAGUCGCUAACGUCGACGUUAUUAUGGGGAUCACCCGCGAUGACGGUGCAUCUUUCAAUACCUAUCCUAAGACCCCUGUCAACAGCAUCUCAGAAGGUCUACAAGUUGGACUUGGCAUCAACGCUGUCAAUGCCCAGAAGGUCAUCGACUCUGGCCUCUUCCCUUCACCAAAUACCGGAGACUUCACAAAGGACAGUUAUAACAUCAGCACUCGUAUCGCCACAGAUCUUCAAUUCCGUUGUGUCGACCAAGCCACCAGCUUUGCCGGUGACGCCACCAAUGCAUUUAAAUCUGUUCACUAUUACCAAAUGGACAGAACAUACUCCGGAUAUGAUCCAAACAAUCUCGGUGGGCCUGCUGUGGCUCCAGGAUACCCCAAGGGUAACCCAAAUCUUCCAUACUACCGUAUUCACGGGUCAGAUAUGCCAAAUGUGUUCGCCAACAUUGAAGGCUAUAGAGAUGAGAACGAUUUGAAGACAAUCCAAGUUUCUUCCGGGUUGUUCGCAGAGUUUGUUAAGAGGGGCACGCCGAAUGUUGCUAAGAGGUAUUUGGUAGCCAGAGGAUACGAUGAUACUGUUACUGCGCUGGAGCAGAGCGGAAGAUGGAGUGAGGUCAGAGGCAAGAAUGGGCCGAUUCUGUUGAUCGACUAUCCUCCUAAGGCGAGCUCUUUUGUUGACGUGGAGCAAUGUGCUUGGUUGGGUUACCCUAUUGACUAUUAUCUUAAGAAUUAA